UUAUUUUCAGUGUCUCAAAACAAAUCGGUUAGAGGUAUUAAACAAUAUUUUUUAUACGUAAUCUCAAAAGAUAAUCAAUUAAUUUGCGCUGUAUAUAGAUUUUGACCUGAAACUCGAUCGCUAUAAGGCCUUAGAAAGGCCGUUAUGUGUUUUUAAAUGUUCCAAUAAACUGUGACUCCUUAGUUUUCUGUCAGUCGUGUAACCCUACUUCAGAUUUCACAAUGUUUGGAAAUUUGAACAAACCCGCAUUUGGAGCCACAGCACCCAACACAUCCUUUGGUUUUGGUGCAACCUCUACGGCAAGUGCGAAUCCCUUUGGACAGAGUCAACUUUUCGGUAAACCUACCACUGGAACUUUCGGCAGCCCAUCCACCUCGACGUUCGGGCAACCCAGCAAUACUUCUUUGUUUCCCUCGACACAGGCACAAUCCACGAACUUAUUCCAAAAUGCAAACACUACUUUCGGAGCCCCGACGUCUACCCCGGGCGGUUUUGGCUCUUCCAACCUAUUCGGACAGCAACAGGCCUCCACUAGCGGCCUGUUUAACACAUCCUCCACGUUCGGACAACAAAACAAGCCGCCCGGCUUCGGGUUCGGCACCCAAUCCGCCCAACCAAGCCUGUUCGGACAGCAACCCCAGCCGCAACAGACAUCCAGCAUCUUUCAGCCGUCCACCAGCAACCUAUUUGGCGGCACUACCGGAUUCGUGGGCCAACAGGCCGCCGGGACAGUCGUCAAAUUUAACCCGGUUACCGGCACGGACACUAUGAUGAAGAACGGGGUGGCACAGAGCAUCAACACCAAACACCACAGCAUUACCUGCAUGAAGGAGUACGAGAACAGGUCGUUUGAGGAGUUGAGGUUCGAGGAUUAUCUCGCCAACAGGAAAGGACCGCAGCAACAAGCUGGUUUCGGUGCUCCUCCGUUCGGAGCAGCCGCGACUUCAGCUCCAUCGCUGUUUGGUCAAACGGAUGCCUCAAAAUCGGCUUUCGGACAAACUACCGGUUUUGGGCAAACCGCUUCGACUUUCGGGCAGAAUACGAGCGGUUUUGGGCUAGGAAACCAACAGCAACAGUCCGGGGGCUUGUUCGGUAAGCCGACAGGUUUUGGAGCUCCCACCAGCAGCACGGGUACAUUUGGUUUUGGAGGUACGACCCAGACGGCGAAUCCUUUCGGCGCCACCCAAGCCGCCAAACCAUUCGGAAGCACGAUGCAACCUAUUUUCGGCACAAACACCAACACAACGCAGCAGUCCGGGUUUGGUACGGGAUUGUUCGGGCCAACAACCACACAGAAUACAGCCGGAAGUUUAUUUGGUAAACCUACGCAGCCCACGACGGGUUUUGGAGCAGGUCAGACGUCAACGGGCUUCUCGUUUGGCCCGCCAGCCUCCACACAAACCUCCAGUCUUUUCCAGCCCAACAAACCUUUGUUCGGUCAAACCAGCACUACCGGAGCUUUCGGACAGACGAAUACUUUUGGAGCUACAAAUGCGACGCCUUUCGGCAGUACUUUUGGCAAAACGACGGCGCCGGCGUUUGGUACAUCCCAACCGUCAGCUUUUGGUACUUCUAUGGGAGGUUUUCAAAAUACGGGAACUUCACUUUUUGGUAAUACAGCGGCUAAACCCGGCGGACUUUUCGGCAAUACUGGAUCGACGGGUUUGUUUGGUAAUACGGGCACAACAUUUCAACCUAACGCUGGUUUUGGUCUACAGCAACAGCAGUCGCUGUUUCCACCCCCCGAACAACCGGCCGUCUCUAACUUGGCUCUGCUGACAUCAGAUCCAUUUGGCGACGCUCCCCAUCUCCUGGGAUUAGAGCCGAAAAUCAAGACUGAUUCUCCCUCGGUAUCAGCGACGGAUCCCAAGGAGCUCAAGGCCCUGCUCGACCCCCAGAAGAAGGUCGAUUUGUCGCACAAUUCAAAACUGAAGGUAUUCCCUUUGAAAAGCGUCAGGGACAGUCUCUUUGAGGGCUUGUCCCCAAAAUUUAAGGAAGACGGCAACAACUCUCCCGACUACGUCAAGACGAACUGUCGCCGAUUGGUGUUGAAACAGCGACCGAAUAUGAGCGGAGAAGGGAAUUCUCCGGGUCUGAUGCGAACGGACAUCCUGAAGCACUUAUUUUCGCCUGACGAGAACAGCAACUCAGAGAAUAACAGGAUCGAAUCUGCCGUGCAAAACGACCUGAGGACGACGCCUUUACGACUGACCUUCGAUAAUACGAUUAACGAAACGAAAAACGCUUCCGUUCAAUCGUCGACGCAUAAAGCAGUUGUUCAUAGCGUCGACAAAAACACUGGGCCAGAUCAUAAAAGUGUGUAUUCCGCGGCGUUCGAUGACGAGGAGGAACCUGUUAACUUCGCGGGUGGUGGCGACACCUCGAAGACCUACCCUUGCGGCAUCGUAUGCACCAGGCCCGAGUACUACACCUUGCCCGCUUUGGAGGAACUCGGCCAGUACGUCGACGAGAACGGUGCCUGCAUAGUCAAAGGUUUCACGAUCGGCAGGAGGGGCUACGGUAACGUCUACUUUCCCGACGAGCUGGACGUGGCGGGGCUCAACAUCGACGAAUUGGUUCACUUUCGGUACAGGGAGAUCAACGUCUACCCUGACGAUUCUAAGAAACCGCCAGUCGGUCAGGGUUUGAACCGUAAGGCGCAGGUGACCCUGGAUAACGUGUACCCCCGUCGGGCAGACACCAACACGUUGAUAAAAGAUGUCCAGGAGCUUUUGCAGAUGAAUUUCGCCGAGAAGCUGAGGAAGAUCACCGUCAAGAAGGGGGCUAAGUUCGUGGAUUUCCGGCCCGAGACGGGUUCCUGGGUGUUCAAAGUCGACCACUUCUCCAGAUAUGGCUUCAACGACAGCGAUGAGGAGGCCGAGGCCAACGACAAGGAGGCACAGAAGAAGAAAAACGAGGAGGGCAAGAAAGUGGAAGGUGGCGCCAAAGAGGGCGGGGAGGUUCCCCCCAAAGUGGACCAGCAGAAGAAGAAGGAUGACGGCGGCAAGGAAAUUCAGGCCAGACUGAGCAUGGACAUGGACAUCUUCGUGGAGGACGGCGACCACUUCAAUCCUGAAGACGACCUCCUGCCGCAGUCCAUGUACGGCGACAACGUUUCGGAGGACGAUUAUCACGUAGUGCCCCAGGGCGUGCCCCUACACUUACCAUAUUACGACCCGUCCAGUAGGUCGACCAGCAGGAGCAUACAAAUCAUGAAAUCGACGUUAUUUGACGACGACAGAUCCUCCGACGCCGGAAGCCACAUACCCGUCAUGAAGUCGUACCUGGACCUGACGGAGGACAUCCGGCAGUUGCCCGUCAUACGAGAAGAAGUGUUACCCAAGAAGAAGACGGUGUUGAGGCCUAGGGUGGACAAGGUCUACAAUUUCGUAGGUGCCGAAGUCGCUCCCAGCAUAAUCCCGUCUAGGACUUAUAUGGAUCUCGGUAUGUUUAAAGGCAAAUCGUUUAGGGUAGGCUGGGCUCGCGGUUUCGAUUUUUUUGGACCAAACGCAGAUCUUGACGGAAACAACGCUGAACUGUGCCGGAACACCAUCGAUAUCGGUGUCUACUCCAAGGACUUCGAUCCUUUAAAGGAAUUCCUCUCGGACGCUUUGGAGGUCGUUCUGGAAGAGAGCGCUUGCGAACUGGACGAAAAGCUCAUCCCGACCUUUCAGAUCCGCAACGGCGACUCGUACUUGAGGAAGCAGGCGAAGCUGUUCUCGAAACUUGCCGCAAAGUACAGCGCCAUGGAGAGUCGUUACUCGUACAGCAUCUGGACGUUGGCAGAGGCGCUUUGGGGCCCCGGCGAGAACACCGUCUCCAAUCGGAGGCACCUGCUUAGCGAGUGGCUAAAGUUAAACACAAACUAUGACGAUCUAGCCACGACGACGACAACACCAAAACGUCUCUUCAACCAACUGUCCGUUUUCAAGAUACCCGAAGCCGCUAACCUCGCCAUGGACGAACACAUGCCCAGCCUUUCGCUGAUCAUCUCGCAACUGAGUUUGACCAACAGUACCAAACUCUUCCUUCAGGAACAGAUCGAGGGGUGGUACACCUCGAUGGCGGCCAACCACAUCAGCGACGACAUGAAACGCAUUUACCUCCUCCUGUCCGGCAUACCCGUCAAGGAAGGCAUCAACGUUUUCGAGGACGUCGACUGGAAACGUGCCUUCGGGAUGCACCUGUGGUACGUUUGUCCUGUUGGCGCUCCCGUUCAGGUAGCCAUCGAGCUGUACGAGCGUGCGUUCGAGAACAAGGGAUACGCCGACCUUCCAAAUCCGCCGUACAGAAGCGGUUACCGGGAGGAAAACACGUUCGACGUGAUUUACCACGUUUUGAAGCUGUACAAGACGAGGGUGCACAGGUUGAGCAGCGUUCUGAAUCCGGCGACGCACACGGACGAUCCCCUGGAUUACAGACUAAGCUGGUUGCUGCUGCAACUGUUCCUGUCGCUGGACGUGGGCUUAAUAGAAGACGCGGAGAUAACGAAGCUCUGCACGAGCUUUUCCAACCAACUGGAGUCGUUGGGCAAGUGGGAGUGGGCGAUUUUCGUCCUGCUGUACCUGAAAGACAACGCCCUGAAACGGAACCUCGUAACGGCCAUCCUCGACAGGAACCUGUCCGCCGAAACCGACAGGAAAACGUUGGACUCGCAAAGCGAUCUGGUGAACAGGAUGCGGCUGCCGCCCGAAUGGAUCCACGGCGUCAAAGCUGAGAAAUCCCUGCUGCUCCAACGGCACUUCCACGCUUUCAACCACUUCGCCCACGCUCGGAACUACGGCAAGGCCAACGACGUCCUCGUGCAGCACCUACUCCCCGGCCUGUUCAUAAACGAGCAGUACGACGUCAUCAGGAUCCUCAUAGCCGCCGUUGAACCGGGAUCCGGGGAGAUCCUCCGUUGGGCCAACGACGUGGCUUUGUUCUCCGAUUUCCUGUCGCUGCAGGAGGACGUUAUAACGUUCAGACCAGAGGAUCUCCUCAAGCUGCAGAUGAGGCUGCAGUCGAUCGGGGAUCGCGUGGCGACGUUCGACGCACGUACCGACCAGCAGAAGCUGUGCGUCGCCGAGAUGUCCAAGCGGUGCGCCUCCGUCUACAAGGAACUUUUCAGGAAGUCCAGGACGGGACUGUUGGGGAGCUCCUACUCGGAUUUCGUGGAGGGCCUGGUGAUGCCGCCGGACUACAAGCAGGACGAGGCGCUGUUCCUCAUCAAGGAGUCCAAUAACGUUAUGUGUUGAGGUUAAUAGUGAUAAGUGCCUGAAUUGAUGUCGAAAACGUGCCACGGAGGCCGAGUGUUAGAAACGAUUUGUAUCGAAGGUAAGUGCUAAUUUCGCGGCGAUGAAUUUGACCAAAGUGAAAUGUGGUGUGAGAUAUUCGGUAAAAUAUGAAUAUUUCAUGUACGCUUUGAGUUGACCCUAAAAAUUAUUUUGAGUUUUUUGAGAAAUUCACAGUUUAAGAUCAGGAGCCACGGUUUUCGUAGCUGAAGGAUAUUUGAAAAUUCGCCUUGAAAAAUAAAAUAUUGUAUUAUUAUGGUGUUGCUUUGUACUAUCUUGUAUUUGUAAGUAAAAAUGUAGUAUUAAGUAUAUGUACGUUAAGGGGGCUCUACAACAAAUAGGCAACCAGCAAUACAUUUUUAGAGAUUUUAUUGCACAGUUUGUCUAAAUAUGAAUCGAUGCACAAAUAACAGAC